AACAAGCACUUGGAGAGUGUUGGCUUGUUGAAGAAGACGAUAAAAAUGAAGUUUAUCUAUCAGGCACGUCAGAGUCAGGAAACCUAGAAACAUUUCAGGAUGUUCCUUACUGUGAAACUAAUAAACCUUGUAAAUAUGGAAGAUGUGAGAAUAUGGACAACGGAAGGCGAUAUAAAUGUCAUUGCAACGAUGGUGAUUGGAAGCCACAAGCGACAAAUAUUUGUUUUGGUGCUAAGGAUAACAGUUAUGGCAAUUUCUCAUUAAGUCAUACUGGCAUUCUCACCAAGUUGAAACUUGAACAUACAGGCGCGACAAAUCUGACAUGCAAUACCUUGUUCGGAAUUACUCCUUCCAGAUGGGGGUGCACUGCUGACCCUCCAGGUUUUCUCAAGAUUGUAAUCACUGACAAUGAAAACACCAUUAUUAUCCCAAAAUCACAGCCAGAUUGGGGUUAUUACAUUCCUGGAUAUCAUGGACAGUCGGCUGUCCUUGAAUUUGACAAUCUAAACAUAAAUGCGAAUAAAGACAAAGAGUUAAGAAUCUGGUACACAGAUGACUUAAAAGACGAAGCUGAAUAUGAUAACGUGGGAACAUCCUGUACAAAUGUGCACGCUGUGUUCUGCGAUUGAAUUUGCUUCCUUUCCCCAAAUUUUAAUUAGAACCUCAUCUCCUUACUUUCGGAAACAACGUAUGUGUUUUAAAGUCUUUUUUUCUAUAACUAAGUGAAAAAUGUCUUUAGCUAUUCGAAUUGAAUUUUUAGAUACAUCUUUUAAUGGAUUUCCAAAACAUGAUUUUAUUUUCAUUUUUUUGGUAGAUGUCUCUUUCCAAAGUCAAUAAAUGACCAACAGAAUACCUAUCCAGCUCCGUUUAGUUGAUUUACAUAUGUUUUAACCGCUUCUGUUUGGUAUGUAUUCUAUUGUAUAUAUUGUAUAUAUUUUUAUUCAUUUUGCUUAUUUUAUUUGUAACAUCAUUGUAAAGGAUGGUCCUUUAACUUAUCGAAAUGUUUAACCAGUCUUGUUAAGUUAAUUUUUUUUAAAUUUGUGUGCACGUAGAGUAUGUUAAAUUGAUUUAAGAUUCUUGUAUUUAUUGAGUUUAUAUACUUAAUUUUGUUCUUAAGAAAAAAAAAUUGCCUUUCUUUUUCAGAUCCCGACAUCCAAAAUCGAAUAUUCACGCAAUUUAUACCAUUCAGUGAUUUUAUGUUAGAGUAACACUGUUGAUGGUUUAAGCUGGGAGCAAGCCUGAUUGUCAAGGACUUUAGAAAAAAUUGCUAAACCAGUUCAUGGAAAAGAAUUUACCACAAUCUUUUUUAUAGCUUACAUGAUUAUUCUAAAAAAAUAUUUCUUUCCUACUUUUCCUACUGAAUAUAAAAACUGAUAAAUAUGCACAGAGCUCUCCCAUUCAUAUUACUGUAUGCGAUAUUUCAUCUUAGUAAGCUCAUUUACUUUAAGGUUUACAUAAUGUUUAACAUUUCCUGAAUAGCAGCAUUAAAAAAACAUAC